AUGCAUGACUCUUUCAGGCGAAUGAGAGGAAGUCGACGAGGAAGUCCCGCUUCAUUUUUAAGGCAUGCCCCCAAGGCUCCUCAGGAAGAUUACGACGAUCGCGAUAUCGACGAUGUACCUCCGCCUGGUUCUUCUCUGUCUAGUGAACACUCUCAACCAAAUAAGCGUCUGCUAUAUCCAAUUAUCAUCCUACAACGGAGACCCGAAGAGAAAAGCCGGGGCUGGAUGCUGGCGUACGCUCCAGAACUAAAUGAGUUUGGCAUUGAUCAAACAACAUUUUUAAAGUUCUUAUACGACUUCAACGAGUCUCACAAGUCAUCAACAUACUUAGAUGCGGUCAACUUGGCGGCGUUCGGUGUGGGCUUCGCUCCUGGUAUUGCUCCGAUGGUGAUAUCGAUGGCUGUUCCAAUGGCAGUGUCCUAUGCAAAGAAGACUCAAACCGAAAGGCAAUCAAAAUCAUAUCUUGGACGAAUGAAUAGCGAGCUGUUCGAACUAUGUGGUCUCUACGCCGUUGUAAUGACACUACAGCCCAUUGAUCAAGCUUCUUUGACCGUUGAUUCAGCCACUGCCAGCAUUGGUGGAGGCCAUCAUGACCAGUAUCGGAGCUCUGACUACGAUAUCAACGGGUAUAAUCCUCCUGAUUUGCCUCAAUCUGCGCCAUUGGUCUUUCCCAGUCCACAAGAUAUCGGAUUCAGUAGCUUCAUGAGCGAUCCGCGAAGCGCAGGCCACAACAGCGGUCUUCUCGGCCAGCUUACUGGCAGGGCAUCAUCUCGCCAAAAGCAGUUGAGUCCUAAGGAGGCGUGGAAGCAAAGAAAAAAGGAAGAGGAAGAAGUGAGAAAGGAACUAGAAAAGAGAAACAAACUUGGACUGCUUAAGACAUUAAAAUCCAAGGCGGCGAUGAGUUCUAUCUCCGCAAUCAGCCGAGAUACCACGGAAUACCCGAUUUGUCAAGAGGGAUCUGAUAGGCCAACAGUCCGUGAAAUAGACAUGCCAGCCAUCAUGAAUGGACAAUCAACUGACGGGCUCUCCUGGAGGGAGACUCGGCCGCGCGUCUAUGAGAGACAACUAGACUACAUGGAACUACUUUACCACCAAAUUGGGUCAAUUUUUGCUCAGACCGGCGCCGAGCAAUGGUGUGUUAGUAUAUGUGUCAAGAUAGACACCGAGACUAGCGGGGAUGCACUUGUACAGAGAGUGAAAUCGGCUUGGGUGAACAUGCGAUUCAAACACCCGGAAAUUGCCUCGACAAUCAAAGAAGACCGACGUGUUUACGAGGUUACAGACAAUUGGGAGUCCUGGGUUGCCAAUACAUUUGAAGUCAUUGCGGAUUGCACCGCACGAGAAAGUUUUUCGCAUAUGCCACCUCUCCACGGCCAAGCAUCGAAGCUUUAUUUUUUCUCACAGAGCAACGAAAUUUUAAUCAGAAGCUCACACGACCGAAUAGAUGCACGAGGGGGUUUCUGUCUUUUGGACGAUCUCAUUGGCGUUAUUGCUAAACCCGAAUCUUGCGAGUCUCGACCUGGUGAUGAAAUAAUCAAUCUGUCUCCGUCUAUCGAGACCGCUGGACAUUUUCCACCAACAACGAACGAUGAUUGUGACCAAGCGACGGCUCUCCUGUGCCAAGGAGCGGUAGGAGGCUUAUCAAUUGGCCUGAAUGCGAGUAAUUUGGGCAAACCACCAACAGUCAAAAGAACAUUCGAAUUUGUGUUUUCGGAAGAGGAGACCAUGCAAGUCAUCAAAGCCGUGAAGGUAAAAGGCUUCACUGUGACUCAAGCAGUUCAGACAGCGCUCGCCCUGACAUCUAAGCUGCUUGGAACCAGUGACAGAGAUUUUUACUCGUCGAUUGCAGUAUUUGAUCUUCGCGGUAUCUGUCCCGAAGAGCUACGACAUCGAGUUGCAGCAUACCAUAGCGUUUGGCCGGCAAAUGUUGCAGUUGACCGUUUCGAUAGUACCUUGGAUCGGUUCAAGGAGAUGUAUGUUUCGUUCCCAGGGAGAAAGCAAGAAACAAGCAAGACUGGCAUAUACCGUCCCCUUGUCGCUGCCAUUAGAGGUGCCCUCUCAGUGCCUCCGCCAUCCCCAAACACGUCUGUUGGACUCUCCGCGCUAGGUGUAAUAGACAAGCAAAUGACAUGGCAGCAUGAAGGUCUCACUGUAACAGACUUUUGGCUGACUUUGGACAUAUUCACUCCAAAUGUUGUCUGCACGACGUGGACCCGAGCAGGCUCGAUGCAUAUCUAUGCAAGCUUCAACGAGCAAUACUAUUCUUCGGAAGAUGUCAACUCGUUUUUGGCGAAUAUGAAGACGAUUCUCUUUCACGGGCUUGGUAUUCGGCACGAUGACUCUCUGGGUGCGGUGAUCUAG